AUGGCUAAAGACGCAUUGGCAGAGGCGGGCUGUUAUUUUGAUGAACUCAACAAGCUACGUGCACUCGAGCCAGAUGUCAGCCAAAAGACGGCAGAGCUCAAAGAAGACUGCAAAGAAUUUCUGGACAAAAUUGUGCAGUUUCUGAAGAUAAUCGGAGGUCUCAUGGACCUGGUGGAUGAGUUGGCAAACGAGACAGAGAGAGAAAAGUUGAAGGCUCUCGGAACAAGAAACCUCCUGAAGUUUGUGGCAAACCAAAGGGAGGCCCAGCAACAGCAACUUUCAGCUCUCAUUGCAGAGAAGAUUACGCAGCUUAAGCGAUAUCGCAUUGAGUAUGAAACCCUGUCUAAAGUAGAAGCGGAACAAAAUGAGUUUAUUAACCAGUACAUUUUGCAGAAGUGA